CAUGUAUGAUCUGUGGGUGCCUAUCAACUUUAUUGAAAAAGGAUAAAGCAUUGAACAUUCUAAUUCCCAAAAGCACCCCUGAUGAAACCCCAAUAUCCCACCUCAACUUAUUAAUCCCUUCACGCCAAAAGGCUGGGCCAUCUUCCUGAAACCAACUCGUAUUCAAAGCUCUUUGAGACUUUGAUUUGUCUUUGACACAUACAUGCUAGUUGAAUUUACUAAUGGGAAAACCGAAGUGCAGGAAAAGGAGGAAGAGAUUUUAAAGAACGGUUCAAAAAUCGCAAUGCAAUUUUCGCGAAGGGUUUCGGAUCUUGAUUGGCGGCGGCUUCUCCUGAUAAUCCCUCCGCUAUUUCUCUUCUUGUUCGUAGCGCUCUCCGCCAACACUAGCAAUCCUUUGUCAUCUUUUGCCCCUCUCCGAUCUUUCAUUCUCAGCCAUACCUUCCAGGCACCGGAGAACAUCACGUUCAACAAUUCGAACAUCACGUUCAACAAUUCGGCCUCGCCGCCGGCGACGCCGAGUCGGGUGGUGAAGAAGCCGAGCGAUUCGGCGGUUACUCGGUGGAGAAGGAGGAAGGAUGAGUUGAACCGGUCGAGAAUGGCGGUGUGUCUGGUCGGCGGGGCCCGCCGGUUUGAGCUCUCCGGACCCUCCAUAGUGGAGAAGAUUCUCAAGGAGUAUCCGAAUUCCGAUCUUUUCCUGCACAGCCCGCUCGAUAAGAACGCGUUCAAAUUCUCGCUGAUGAAGAGCGCGCCUAGGCUCGCCUCCGUUCGAAUCUUCGAGCCCAAACCCUUACCGGUCACCGACUCGCAGCUCCGCGUCCUCACGGCGGCGAACUCGCCCAACGGCAUCCAGGGCCUCUUGCAAUACUUCAAGCUCGUUGAGGGCUGCCUGACCAUGAUCAAAGCGCACCAAAAGCGAAAGAAAUUCACGUACGACUGGAUAGUACGGACCCGGGUGGACGGCUACUGGAACGCUCCGCUCCACCCGAGAAACUUCGUACCCGGCAAGUACCUGGUUCCGCCUGGAUCCACCUACGGCGGGCUCAACGACCGGUUCGGCGUCGGCGACCUCAACACCUCCACGGUGGCUCUCUCGCGGCUCUCCCUAAUACCCCAGCUCGACUCGGCCGGGUUCCAGAAUCUCAACUCGGAGACCUCGUUCAGAGCCCAACUCACCACCCGGGGAGUGCCCUACCUCACCAAGCGCCUCCCUUUCUGCGUCGUCACGGACCGCAGGUACUCUUUCCCGCCGACACGUUAUGGUGUUCCGGUGGCUGCGCUUUCGAGCCCGGGCCCACUGAGCGGUGCCAAGUGCAGGCCUUGUACGCCGGCGUGUGAAGGUUCUUGCGUGGCGAGCGUGAUGUCGUACCUGGACCGAGGGUGGAGCUGGACGGAUUGGGGGAACGGGACGCUUCGGUUAUGUGAUGCUCACGGGGAUUGGGAGAGUGGGUGGGAGAGAAUCUUUGACCGAAUCGCUGGGGAGAAAUCCGCCAGGGCGAGAAAGCGAAUUAAGAACCUGAAGCUUCAGCAGUGUGUAGAUGAUUUCAAUGGAAUGAAGAGGAGGAUGACUGGGAAAUGGGAGUCUCCGCCGCCGGAGGAGAUUUGCAGGCUUGGGUUAGGGGCUUGAGUUCUUUGGACGGUUACAUUGUAAAAAGAGAGGAACUAAAAGGGUAUUUUUGGAUUUAUAGGAUUUUAUGUCUACAGAACAGACGUAUAUAUAAAAUACUUGUUGAAAUUUAUUGAAUUAAAUAUAGUUACUUUUUUCGCUUCA